UUGGUAAUGUAAUAAACACAAAAGGGGGAAGUUGGAGCCUGGUUAAAGGCCGAGGUGCCGGGGGCAGCAUCAGUCAAGUGUGGCUCAGGUUGUGUGUGAGUGUGUUGACCAUCAUCGACAUCAUGACUCGUCUGCUGCUCGGUGCCGUGAUGCUGGGGAACCUGGGAGUCUGCGUCGCUGCUCAAGUGAUGCUCGCUCCACCUGCUCAGGUGAGGUUUGACUCUGUGGACUAUCAGAACAUUCUACACUGGACUCCGCCCACCAACAAGACCUCGCUGCAGUACUACGUCCAGUGGAAGAUUUACGGGGAGCCUGAGUGGUUGGAUGUGGACGGUUGUCAGGGGAUCCAGAAGCCAAAGUGUGACCUCAGUAACGUGACCUCUGACCCCAGGGAGUGGUACUACGCCAGAGUUCACGCCUCCUCUCUGCCCUCCAACAAAUCAGCCUGGGCCCUCUCCCCCAGAUUCAGCCCCCGCUCGGACACUAAAAUCAGCCGACCCUUCCUGCGGCUGAGUGUCACAGAGAAGGGGAUUGUGGUCCGUGUGAAGCCCCCCCGACCGCUGGUCCAGAAGAUGCACAGCAGUCUGUUCUACAACAUCUACCUCAUACACCCCAGUGGAGAUGAGGAGGUGUUUGAGAUGAACUGCUGUUCCAAAAAAAUGACUCUGAAGGAGCUGAAGCAAAAAAAAAAGUACUGCGUCCAGGCCGAGGCCGAGCUCCCCUUCCAGGGCAAGAGCAGCGACCGGAGCUCCCUGAAAUGUGUCACUGUGCUCUGAGUGCACACAGACGAGCGACACAGUGGACGAGCGGACUCGUCAUCCGUCAGGUUCAACCAUCCGGCGCUACAUCGACGGCUGCAGCCACAAAAAUCUGUGCAAAUGAAAGUGCUGCACUUUAUCACUCAAAGCAUUAAAGGUCCGAGCUGUGGAGGGUAAAGGUCAAGAUCCUAUCACCAGCCUUUCCUCACCAGUGGGUGGACGUCCAGUUAAAUGUCAACUAAUGUUUAGCCUAUUUAUUUUCGUCAUCAUUAUUGUUUUUUACAUUAUAUUUGUUUCCUGUGAACGGAUGGGACCUGGACCUGGGAAGAUCCAUUCUCUUUGUCUCUGUUGUCACUAUGGAGCUGAGAGAUAUUCAAACCCAUAGAUACAUUAAAAAUAAUAAGUAAAUAAAGAUAGAAGACACGUUUCCAUUUCCUCCGACUAUUCUGAAAUGAAGCCAAAAUCACAAAUACUAAAGCUGCCAUCUUGCACAUUUGAAGCCGGUAGUUUGCCUGCUUGGACGUAAAUUUGUGAUUAAAUGAAAUGACAGAAACCAUCUUUAAGAAAACAAUAUUUGUAAUAUAACAAUAAUAAUAAUACAUGUGCAGACAUGUGAAACCUGGUUUCUAUCUCAUCCAUCCACGAGGAUCAAUGAACGUGAGCUGAGCUUUUAGCUGAGCACUUUCUUAAAAAUUGAAGAACGUUCACUUCACUGUGAAGAAGUGAGUCAAUUAUUCAGUUGCAAAAGUCUGUGGAUGUGAAAUCUGUGCUGAAUGUACUUGUUGCAUGUGCUGCUUGACCAAUAAAAACCCAGAGUUACUCUU